UGGUUGUGCUGCCGGGGCAGUAGCCGGCGCUGGUAGAGAAGUAGUUCUGUCUCCUGGGGCGAGUAAACUGAGCCCAAGCAAUGGAAGGCCACAGCGUGGAGGAUCUGCUGGCAAAGGCGGAGAGGGACGAGGCAGAGAAGCUGCAGCGCAUCACGGUGCACAAGGAGCUAGAGCUGGAGUUCGACCUGGGUAACCUGCUAGCCUUAGACCGGAAUCCCCCGACUGAGCUGCGGCGCGCGGGACCCACUCCAGAGACCGAGCUGCGAUCCCUGGCGCGGGACAACACGCAGCUCCUCAUCAACCAGCUGUGGCAGCUGCCCACGGAACGUGUGGAGGAGGCGCUGGUGGCUCAGCUGCCGGAGCCUACCACUCGGCUGCCGCGGGAGAAACCGGUGCCCAAACCGCGGCCGCUUACACGCUGGCAGCAGUUCGCGCGACUCAAAGGUAUCCGACCCAAGAAGAAAACCAAUCUGGUGUGGGACGAGGUGAGCGGCCAGUGGCGGCGCCGCUGGGGGUACCAGCGCGCCCGCGACAACACCAAGGAAUGGUUGAUCGAGGUGCCGGACCGUGCCGACCCUUUGGAGGACCAGUUCGCCAAGCGCAUUCAGGCUAAGAAGGAAAGAGUGGCCAAGAAUGAGCUGAAUCGUCUACGUAACCUUGCCCGUGCGCACAAGAUGCAGCUGCCCAGCUCGGCAGGCAUGCACCCCACUGGACACCAGAGUAAGGAGGAGCUCGGCCGCGCCAUGCAGGUAGCCAAGGUCUCCACGGCCUCCGUGGGGCGCUUCCAAGAGCGCCUACCCAAGGAAAAGGCACCCCGCGGCUCGGGCAAGAAGAGGAAGUUUCAGCCUCUUUUCGGGGACUUUGCAGCGGAGAAGAGGAGCCAGUUAGAGCUGCUGCGAGUUAUGAACAGCAAAAAGCCUCGGAUGGACGUGACUAGGGCCACCAAUAAACAGAUGAGGGAGGAGGAUCAGGAGGCGGCGGCCAGGAAGAGGAAAAUGAUUCAGAAGGGCAAGAGAAAAGGGGGCCGGCCGGGUCCUGGGGGCAAGAAAAGAGGAGGGGGCCCUCCCAGCCAGGGAGGAAAGAGGAAAGUGGGCUUGGGAGGCAAGAUGAAUUCAGGACCGCCUGGCUUGGGUGGCAGAAGAAAAGGAGGGCAACACCAAGGAGGAAAGAGGAGAAAGUAAAGUUCAAUUGGAAUUUUCCUGUAAACCUAGGACUAUAUACUACACAUUAACUUACAGGGUUGGGGGAGAGGGCUGCUGUCUUCAUUGAGUUGAAGGGACUGGGAAAUAACCUCCCGCUCAAGAUACAUUGUAAAUGUUGGAAUCUGCAAAUUACUGUUUCUCCCACAUUCUUUUUUUUUUUUUUAAUUUGGAUGUGAGGGAGGUCAUAUUUCAGAGCUAUAAAUGGAUUUAUACAUUUCUAAAUUUUUAUGACAAGCUUGUGUAUUUAUCAAGGCAGAUGGAGUGAGGGAAGAUUACAUUUUCAGAACUGGACUUACAAAUAACUGCUGUAAAGGUUAUUUAAUAAAACU